GUAGCAACUCGUUUCUAGUGUUAUUUACCAUUCUGACAUCGUAUAAAUGACACGUGCUUACAGAGCAUGGCGUUAGAUAGUCAUGCUGCCGUUCUCACAGACGUUGAACAUUCACGUCAAUCUAAUUCGGAAAAUAACGAGGAUAGAUCAACAGCUGGUGGAUGGACUACUACAUUAGCUUUAGCAGGUAUUACCUGUUGCUUAGGAUCAGCUGUACCAGCAGGAUUUAACAUAGGUGUACUAAAUAAUGCAGAUCAUCUAGUAAGAAGGUUUUGUAAUGAAAGUAUUAGAGAAAGAUAUAACAUAAAUGCUUCUGAAAAUAAUCUGAAAAUAGUUUGGUCUACUAUUGUCUCAAUUUUUCUUAUUGGUGGGGCAGCUGGUUCAUUUCUAUCUAGCUGGGUUGCAGAUAAAUAUGGAAGAAAAGGAGCAUUAUGUGUUGGAAACAUAUUUGGUAUUGCAGGGGCUGUAAUGUUUUUUCUAGUGCGCAAAUUAAAUUCAAUUGAACUUCUUUUAACAGGUCGAUUAUUUGUUGGCAUUUCUGGAGGUUUUGCGACGUCUGUAGUACCAAUGUACAUGGCAGAAAUUGCACCACUUAGGCUAAGUGGUGCAGUUGGAGUUUUAUGCCAGUUAGGAAUCACAUGUGGAGUAUUUUUAGGUCAAAUUGCAGGACUUAAUACAGUCCUUGGGACUGAAAAUUCAUGGCAUUAUAUGCUAGGAACAUUUAUUCCUUUAUGUAUAUAUGCUUUAGUUCUUACAAGUAUAGUUCUACCAGAAAGUCCUAAAUAUUUAUAUAUAAUCAAAGAACGAAAACAGAAAGCUUUAGAUGAACUUGGUAGGAUACGUAACAUGGAUAUAAUGCUGUUACAAGUGGAAAUUUUUAAUCUACAGCAAGAAAUAGAAACAAAAACAACAGCUGAGCCAUGGACUAUUAAACGCAUUUUGAAAGAUCCAAGUCUGAAGCUUCCUAUAUUUUUAGUUUGUAUGAUACAGUUUGGACAACAAAUGAGCGGUAUAAACGUUGUAUUUUACUAUUCUAACUCCAUCUUCCGCGAUGCUGGUCUUGGUAUCACUGGAGCACAGUAUGCUACUCUUGGAACUGGUGUAGCCAACAUUGCCAUGGCUCUUGUUUCGGUACCAGUCAUGUCAUGUUUAAAUAGGAGAGGUGUUCUACUCAGCAGUAUUUAUUUGUGUCUUGGAUGUUUAAUGGUUUUAUGUACUUCCAUUUCAUUAAUUCAUGUAUCAUCAUAUAUGCCAUUAGUAUGUAUAAUAGCUGUUCUGUCUUAUGUAAUAUUUUAUGGAAUUGGUCUUGGUCCAAUACCAUAUUUUAUUGGGUCUGAAUUAUUUGAUGUUGGUCCUAGACCAGUGGCUAUGGCGCUUGGUAGUGUCUUUAAUUGGGGUGGAAAUUUUAUAGUGGGUAUGAUGUUUCCAACUGUAGAAAGUAUUAUGGGAGCAUUCACCUUUUUAAUAUUCACCAUAGCUCUUUUAUUAUUAGGACAAAUUAUUAGGAUAUACUUACCUGAGACUAGGGGAAAGAAUACAAUGGAUGUGGCUAUAUCGAUAAGUCAUGGUUUCAAUUCUAGACCAAAUUCCAUACGUACCACUUAA